UCCCUGAUUUUAUUUUAUUCUCACAAAUAUAUAUUAAACCUAUUUUUCUAUAAUAUUGCCUAUCUCUCUCUCUCUCUCUCUCUGUCAUCACACCAUUAUUGAAGAAGGAUAGCAAGAUGGAAGGAAUCCAUUUCUCAUCCAAGAAAGAAGAAGAUCCCACCAUUAAUAUAGGUAAUAAUCACUCAAAUAUUGCUUCUACUAGAUCCACUAGCCAGAAUAUUCUUGCAUUUUCCACUGAUCAAGCAAGUACCAGCCCAGUUUCUCCACAUCAUGAUGGAGAUUGUGAGGCUGGUCAUGAAGCGCUGUUGCAUAAAGAUAGUGGACGUGAAAGAUUGAAGAAGCAUAGAGAAGAGGUAGCUGGCAGGGUCAUGAUACCAGAUACAUGGGGUCAAGAGGAUUCGCUCAAGGAUUGGAUCGAUUGUUCCGCCUUUGAUGAGUUGCUAGCCCCCAAUGGAAUUUCAUCAGCUCGCGAAUCCCUUGUUGCUGAGGGACGUAAAGGAAGCUCUCCAAGAUUGGGGAUAGCAAUUGUCAAACCAUUGAAAGAAUUCAAAUCUGUGGCAUUACCACACGUUUCAGCAGCUGACUCUUCUCGGGCUGGGUUGGCAGAGCAUCCAUACAGCACAAAACUGGAAUAUUUAGCAAUGAAAGGAGCAUAUUUAUAAUCAACCUUGUUUUGGCCUCCACCUGUUGCCCAGCUAGAUCCAUCCCAUACUGUAGCAAAUAAAUUCAUAGCCUUAGAGGGAAAAUCUCCACCCAUGGCAUCAAUCUUUUGAACCUCUCUAACAGGAACAUCAUCCACGUAGUAAACGAUCCAUGUACUGGUCCAAAGAAUACUAUACGAAUGGAAAUCUUGAGUAGGAUCAAACCAAA